UAUCACCAUAUCGGGCUCUAGCUCUUACCUGUGUGUACCGUUGCUUUGGUCUCCAGCGUCAGUCGCAGCUGUUGUCAGGCUGACACAGACAGAGCAGCUUGACAUCAUGGCGGCGUCGGUUCUUGUGCAGAGUGCUUCUUUCAGAGUAUACAGCUCCUUACUGCAGCCCUGUUUUCUGAAAAAAAUGAGAAUUUUUAAAAAGGCUGUACCUCACAGACAUGUUUGUCUUUCUAGUAACAGCUAUGCAGCCACAAUAAUCUCAGGAACUGAACUGGCAAAGCAAAUACAUAAGGAAAUUCAAAAGGAUGUGGAAGAAUGGGUAUCCGAAGGCAACAAAAGACCUCAUCUUAGUGUGAUUUUAGUAGGAGAUGAUCCAGCCAGUCGAUCUUAUGUAAGGAAUAAAACAAAAACUGCUGCUGCACUAGGUAUCAGCAGUGAAACAAUACUGCGACCUAGUAAUGUUUCUCAAGAAGAACUACUAGAAGUGAUUGACAGAUUGAAUCGAGACUGGAAUGUCAGUGGUUUACUUGUUCAACUACCUUUACCAGAGCACUUCAAUGAACGUUCAGUUUGUAAUGCAGUCGCUCCAGAAAAGGAUGUGGAUGGCUUUCACAUAGUUAAUGUUGGAAAACUUUGCCUUGACCAGAAAUCCAUGAUACCUGCUACGCCUGCUGCUGUUUGGGAAAUUAUUAAAAGAACAGGGAUUGAAACAUGUGGUAAAAACGUUCUGGUUGUUGGAAGGUCGAAGAAUGUAGGCUUGCCGAUUUCAGUGCUUUUGCAUACUGAUGGAAGACAUGAAAGACCUGGCGGUGAUGCCACAGUGACUAUUGCUCAUAGAUUUACUCCUAAGGAGCAACUUAAGGUCCACACCAGUCUUGCAGACAUCAUUAUAGCAGCAGUUGGAGUUCCAAAACUGAUUACUGCAGAUAUGGUAAAGGAGGGAGCAGCUGUUAUUGAUGUUGGCAUUAAUCGCAUCCAGGACCCUGAAACUGGAAAGACCAAGUUGGUAGGAGAUGUGGACUUUGAAGAGGUGAAGAAGAAGGCUGGGUACAUCACACCUGUGCCUGGAGGUGUGGGCCCCAUGACUGUCGCCAUGCUCAUGAAGAAUACUGUAACUGCUGCUAGAAAUCUUCUGACCCACUGAAGGACUGAUGCCAUAUACAGUAUAUACUUUUAUUUGAUUCCACUCAAAUGUUAUCUUAUUACUAUUUAUAUGUUGUUUUAGUUCAUAUUUAUUAUAUUUUCAGAAAUGUAUUUUUUCUACUACAGUCAUUUUCAGUUCGACCUGUUUGAAUAACUUCAACAUUACUGUGAACUACACUACACCUGCGUUACAAGAAAUAUAAAAUUUACAUUUUAAAACAGGUGGUCGGAUAGGGUGUGUUACAUAUUUACAGAAAGCACAGCUCAGAAUGGUUUGAGUAAUCAGGGUGUACCAUUAUAUACAAAUAUAUGCAAUGCUUUAGGCUGUCAGUUUAUGGACACAAUAUUUUGCUACCUUCAGGUGAUGCUAUCAUGAAAAGUAAAUCUCAGUUUUGCUGGUCAGUAAGACUGCCACCUCUACAUUUUUUGUAAAUGUAUAAACUGUGUGCAGUAAACUGUUUAAGUGAUGGGUAGGACCUUGUCAAACAAAAAAAAUAAUAAUACUGGAAUAUUAAAUGAAUUUAAAAAAAUAAAAAUAAAAAUAAAAUAAAAAAUUACCUCUCAAUUGGAUACUAAACACUACUCCACAUUUACUACAGUACAAAGCAGUACACAAUACAAUUUUAUUGCAAGAUAGAAAAACAUUUUAUACAUAAGGAAAAGGUAAUUGCACAGAUGUGCUUCAGUCAAAAACCUCAUUGUAAAUUACAGAACGCACAGUCAUCUGCCAGCUACCAACAUUCUGCUAAUCUGCAUGUAUUUUACACAAGCAAAAUUUGAAUAAAAAAAUAAACUUGGGUAUUAUUUUGGCAAUAAAACUGCUUUUAGAUUCACAAAAAAAAAUAGUCUUACUUUUUUGGUUUUCAUUAUUCAUUAUUAGUGAUCAUAUCCAGGUUAGUUUGAAACAACAACUCUUAAUUGAACUGGGCCUACCUUUUUUCAUUCCGUAUCCUGUUCCAUAUAGAAAGGAAACGAUAUUUUAAAAUGUUGGAACUUGCUAAACAAUCAAGGCAGUUACAACCAGUAUACACCAGCCUCGGGGUAUUUAUGUGGUUGGAAGAGUCAGUUCAAUGCAUUGUGAACUCUGUGGUUUCUUAACAAGCACUUGUAUGCCAAUGCUGGCACGCAAGUAUUUAAAGAAAAAUACAUCCAAUCACCCAGUUUGUAUGUAUAAUAAUGCAUCAUAAUGCCAACCAGUCUGCAUGCGAUUACAACGUUAUACAAAAAUGCAUCAGGGAUAAAAUUGUACAGACUUGCCUGCUGCUAGUGUUAGUUUAUAGUUUAUGGAUUUUCUAAACGUUUAUUACCAGAAAAACUAAACUGAGGGAUUUACACGUCUAAAAGUUGCAUCCUUACAGGUCAGUCUAAAUUCCAAUUAGGAAGAAACUAUUUUACAGAUUUUUAUUUUACAUGAUUAGUAUUAGUGGGUGGCAUAAAGGAAAUAAGGAAAGGUAAUACAAUCAUGGCUGAUUGCUUAACUGCACACGACACAGAGCAUAUUUUCUCAUUGCUAUAUGAUGUUCUAAUUUUUUAACAAACACCACAGCAUGUGGGAGCUAUUUGGAAGUCUGAAUAGUAUCAGGUAGCAGUAAUAUAGGUGACAGUGACUGUGCAGUGCUGGGUAAGUCUAAGGGCUCUGUUAUUCAACUCAUUUUACAUUUAAAUAAUAAAGGACAAUGGACAGAAUGUUAGACUAAGUGGUAGCAGUAUUUAUUCACGAAUUAGAGUGUAACUGCGGUUUGGAUUCAGUCUGGUUUUUCCUCCGAUCUGUUUUGCACCCAGAGUAACUUACAUGAAAAUACUCCUGGCUCCAACACAUGAAAUUAUUAUAGUUUGAAUUCACAGAGAUUAUUUUUUAUUAUUUGAUUAUUUAGCAGACGCCUUUAUCCAAGGCGACUUACAGAGAUUAGGGUGUGUGAACUAUGCAUCAGCUGCAUCAUCAGAGAUGCAUGUUGUCAAUGUUUUUACAGCAAUCAUUCAUUGCUGUCUAAAAAAUGACUUCAUUACCAUUCCAUAAAUGCAUUACAUUUUCUUAAUUAAACAAAUGGACUCUGGGUGUGCAACAAAAAUAAAAUUGACACAUACAGGAAUUAUACCAAAAUAAGUUAACAUGAGCUUUUUGUGAAACUAAGUGGUAUUACUGAACACAUAUAUUUCAUGGUGUUUAAAUCAUUGGCCAUAGAGAUGUAGUUAAUAAUAAUAAUGUAGUUCUUUUACAGAGUUGAAACAAUGAGGGUUUCUUACUUAGAGCUCUAACAUGUACCCUUUUAAAAGUUUACCACAGGAAAUUUGCACUGUAAUUUAGCAGCUUUGCUUUUCCCAUGUGUAACAUACAUGGGCCAUCACUGAAUAAUACUGAAUCAGUCACAGAGCAGUGGGUGCUGACACGCCGCACAGGCGUGCAGAUUUAAUGUCAACACAGGCCCCGACGCUCGGGUACCAGCAAGGGUAAUCCUAGUGCCGCAUUUAAUAAAGAAAACAAAACAAAACAAAUUUGAUAUUAAGUGUGCCAUUUAUUGGUUAAGGUUUUAUGCUGCUUUUAUUCAUUUCAGAAAAAAAUGGUAUUGAGUUAGUCUAUAUUUAGAAGUUGUUUAAAUGUAUAAAAACACACAGUAAUGUAAGAUUUCCACUUACAAGGACAGCAUAAUUUCCCAUUUUCUUUAAUAAUAGUGAGUAAAAAGCUAAAUAUAGCUUUUGAAAAUUGUCAUUUUGACCAGCAGUUUCUUCCUCUUCAUAGCAAGGUUAUAAUUAAGAUGAUCCAUUUAAUCCAGGGGGGUUCUCUGUUACUGUAAAAUGCUAUAAAAAUCCAUUUGGCUCAUCCUAGCAGUGUAGCUUAAGCAACUGACCCUGCUAAGACCCAAUUAAGUUAGAAUCAUGAAAACAGCACCGCCUGUUGGUAUGAAUGCAUACCAUAGUUCAGUGUUUGCCUAAUAAUAAAUAGUCCAUCAUUACUGAUCAGGGCCAGCUCAUGUGUAAUGAUAGCAUUGUGAUACCAUGUCUGUCUUGAUACAGUAUAUCUACGGCUUCUAGUUUUUGGUUUGUAUUAAUUUGAUUUGUCAGUGCUUAUUUUCUAGCUAUAUUCAACUCUUUUGUAGAUACCCCGAAAUCUUUUUUUGUGUGUUUUUUCCUCACAAUAUGUAUAGUAGCUCGACAGUACUUGCACACUUAAGUUGUACCUUCUUUCCUUUGCUGUCUUCCAACCACAACUAAAUCCUUAUGGUCACAUUUCUUUACAUUUUGCCACAAUUUGCAAUUCUGUUUUAAAUCCUCUGUAUCUAACUGUAAUAUUUAAAGCUUUAAACCCUGCUAACAAGCCUCUAUUUCUAAUUGCAAGCAGAGUCUUCAAAAGAAAUGUAGGCAUUUGCUGCCACUCCGUAGUUGUGGUGGGUUUAAAGUAUUCAGAAUGAAUCAAUAAUAGAUAGGAGUCAGGAAGGAGGGACAUUCCCUAACUGCAAUAGGAAAGUUUGUUUUUUUAUUUUUUUACUGGGAAAGAGGUGAAGUCAACUUGAAUUGAGUAACCAUUUACAGUGUUUUUUACGGUUAUUUUUUUUUUUUUUUUUUGGAUCAGGGGUGUUUUAUCUGUUUAUUGGUUAAAACCGAAAAUCAGAAGCCCUAAGUAUACCUCAUACAUAUUGCCUCUAAAAAUGCGUUUGUAAACAUCAGUAAUAAAAGACCCAUAAUUAUUAAUUGUAUAGUGUCUAUAGCAGUAGGCGGAAAACAGGAAGAUUAAUAAACCACAAAUCUCUCUUGUUUUAUCUUGUGCCACAGAAUGAUUUUAGUUGUGAAAGGGUUAGGGUUAGGGUUUUUUACAUUGUGCCUCAGAUUGAUUUUAGUUGUGAAAGGGUCCAUCUAAUGUUGUCUGUUUUAUUUAUUUAUUUAUUUUUUGCUUUGUGUGAUUUGUUAUAUCAUGUGUUUGUGUUUAAACUUUAAAUAUUGUGUUCCCCAUGCUUGUAUGAGUGCUGGAAAAAUACUGAAGGGACCCAUGUUCUUUUGUAAAAGUCACAUGUUUAUCACCAGGGAAGUCAAUAUUUAUAAUGUUGCUGUGCCAAUGAGCAAGUUGCUUUUUAUCUAGAUGCAUGUGGGAUAACAUGUUUAGAGUGAUCUAGGAUUGUACAAGUCUUGCCUGCUGUAAUUGUAACAUUUCACAAAAUAAACAUUUGUUUCUCA